UUUAAUCUGUGACAGAUUUCUUUUUCGUACACGCCGUUUGCGUUGCACGUGUAUUUAGUGAGUUUCGCUCGAUAUCUGUUCAAAAUGGACAAACCCAACGUUCUUGCUCGCGUCGUCAAGGUUCUGGGCCGUACUGGCUCCCAGGGACAAUGUACCCAGGUUAAGGUCGAGUUCAUCGGAGAGACCAGCCGUCAAAUUAUCAGGAACGUAAAGGGGCCCGUGCGUGAUGGUGACAUCCUAACCCUUCUCGAGUCUGAGCGUGAAGCUAGAAGACUAAGAUAAGCAGGUUGCUAGAACCUCCUAGGUUAAGGCUUUCUAUGUAUCAACUAUGUUAUCAAAAUUGUAAGUGAACAUCAAAACCGUCAAAGAUGACCAUCUUAAAUCCAGCUCGUUUAAUAAACAGUUAACACCA